GUGCAUUGUGGGAAUCCCGGGGCCGCCGCGAGUGGUUCCAGUUCACUGGUUCCAGCGGAGCCGGGCGGAGGGCGCGAGCGCGGGACGCGCGGGCGGGAAGCGAGGAGGCGUGGGCGGCCAGGCAGGAGUGCGGAGCGGACCGGCGCAAGCGGCCGACCGGCCUCGGGCCCCUCACUGUACAGCCGCCCGUGAGCUCGCUGAUCUAUUUCUGGGGCUGUCGCCAUGUCGAGCCGCGGCGGGAAGAAGAAAUCCACCAAGACCUCCCGGUCAGCCAAGGCCGGAGUCAUCUUCCCUGUGGGACGCAUGCUUCGGUACAUCAAGAAAGGCCACCCUAAGUAUCGGAUCGGAGUGGGGGCACCUGUGUACAUGGCUGCUGUCCUGGAGUACCUGACUGCUGAGAUCCUGGAGCUGGCUGGCAAUGCAGCAAGAGACAACAAGAAGGGACGGGUCACACCCCGGCACAUCCUGUUAGCUGUGGCCAAUGAUGAAGAGCUAAACCAGCUGCUAAAGGGUGUCACCAUAGCCAGUGGGGGCGUGUUGCCGAAUAUCCAUCCUGAGUUGCUAGCGAAGAAGCGAGGAUCCAAGGGAAAAUUGGAAGCCAUCAUCACGCCUCCGCCAGCCAAAAAGGCCAAGUCUCCAUCCCAGAAGAAGCCAGUGGCUAAGAAGACAGGAGGCAAGAAAGGGGCCCGGAAGUCUAAGAAGAAGCAGGGAGAAGUGAGCAAGGCAGCCAGCGCAGACAGUACGACGGAGGGCACGCCUACAGAUGGCUUCACUGUCCUCUCCACCAAGAGCCUCUUCCUCGGCCAGAAGCUGAACCUUAUUCACAGUGAAAUCAGUAAUUUAGCCGGCUUUGAGGUGGAGGCCAUAAUCAAUCCUACCAAUGCUGACAUUGACCUUAAAGAUGACCUAGGAAACACACUGGAGAAGAAGGGCGGCAAGGAGUUUGUAGAAGCUGUUCUGGAACUCCGGAAAAAGAACGGGCCCUUGGAGGUAGCUGGAGCUGCUAUUAGUGCAGGCCAUGGCCUGCCUGCCAAGUUUGUGAUCCACUGUAAUAGUCCCGUCUGGGGUGCAGACAAAUGUGAAGAACUUCUAGAAAAGACGGUGAAAAACUGCUUGGCUCUAGCUGAUGACAGAAAGCUGAAAUCCAUCGCCUUCCCAUCUAUUGGCAGCGGCAGGAACGGGUUCCCGAAGCAGACAGCAGCCCAGCUCAUUCUGAAGGCCAUCUCCAGCUACUUCGUGUCCACGAUGUCCUCCUCCAUCAAAACUGUGUACUUCAUGCUUUUUGACAGUGAGAGCAUAGGUAUCUAUGUGCAGGAAAUGGCCAAGCUGGACGCCAACUAGGCCAGUGAUCCCUAGAGCCAGCACAUGUGGUAUCCCCCACCUCCAACUGGAAAGAAAGGAAAAAAAAAAAAGAGAGAGAGAGAGAGAAAAAAAAAUCCCCUCGCCUGGGACUCCUGUCCUCCUCAGUCCUGCUCACCUAGGGAAAAUAAGGUUUUGGUUUCCGGUUUGAUUUUUUUGUUUGUUUGGUUUUUUUUGUUUUUGUUUUUGUUUUUUUUUUGGCCUUCUACAAUGUUUUCUGUUAGCACUGAUAGCCGGCAUUGUCCUUGUUAAGCACUGCUUUCCAGACCGUGUCUGACUUAGUCAACCUAGAGGAUUUUAUAGUUUCACUCUUAACGAAGUCCUGAUUAACACGGAGCAGCAGAGCAGCGGCCCCUCCCCUGCGUGGCGGCAGCAGGAAGCCCCGUUUGUAAUGUGCGCUGUGCUGCUUUACCGUACACCCAGUGGCAUUCUUUUUACUAUAACGGUUUUUCCCCCCCUCUCGGAAGAGAAAUCAUAAAAUUUGCAACAGACCUCCUAACUUUUGUUUACUUUUUUGUCUUAACGAUAGAUUUGAAAAUGAAAAAUGUUAAAAAGACAACGGGAUCUGUUGUCCUUGUUAUAUUUGCAAUCUGAAAUUUGUGUGAAUUGAUUUAGUAAAAUGUUAAACUGUUA